AACCUAUCCAGGAGACAAACAAACAAAGAAACAAGAAAAGAACCAGCCACCCAGCCAACCAACAUGCCAGACCUCCACUCCCUCCCCGCUGGGACCCGGCCCACCAACGCAGUCCGCAACAACGGCCCGGACAAGCUCGUCCUCGAGCGCGCCAAGCUCCGCGAGUUGGCCGAGGGGUGGCCGUGCUACCGCGACGCCUGCGAAUGGGAAAACUUCACCUCGCUCUUCCACGACGACGCAGUCGUCUACACAACCUGGUCGGGCCGCGUGCACUACCGGGACUUUAUUGCAGCCUCACAGGCCGGCAUGGACGGGGGCGCGUUCAUCAUGCACCGAUGCCACGGGGUCACGACGGACAUUGCCGAGCCCAAAACAGAAAGGGGCGCGAUGCGCGCCGUGACGAAACUCAAAGCGACAAUCACACAGCGGUUCACGAUCGACGGGAUCGAAGUCGACGCCGAGGCGGACUGCCGAUUCUGUUUCUUUUUCGAAAAGGUGGAUGGGGUCUGGGGGGCACGGUUCGUGCGGCAUUGGUAUGAGAAGGAUAAGCUCAUCCCCGUUGUCCCGGGGCGGUUUCCCGAGAUCGAUGUGCAGAAGCUCGAGGAGUAUCCGGAGGGGUACAAGUGUCUUGCGUACUGUCAGGAGUUGACCAUGGGGGUUAAGGUGUUGAGGGAUAUGCCGGGACAUCGGAGGCAUGUAGGGACGGUGAAUGGGGAGAAGCAUGAUUUGUUGUAUCGGUUGGCCAAGGAGUGGUUGGAUGGGAAGGAUAUUGAUAUGUGA